AAUAAAAUAAAAAAAAGACAGAGAAAGAGUCUCUGUUUCUAUCUUCUUCUUCUUCUUUCUUUUCCCGGUAACAGGGAGCUCGCACGGGCGGCUACGAAAUCGCUGGAUUUUCAAAUCGUCUAUCAGCUUCCAUGACUUCAGAUGCUCUCACUAUACCGUCUGAGCUUGAAUCUGCGUUGCGGCUCAGGACUGUACAAUACUUUAUUACAAAAAGGCCUUGGCUUGAUCUUUAUGGAGUCCAUGUGAGGCCUGUGCCACCAUUCGGAAGUACAAGCCGUAAACCCCAUUAUGAUCCAGCUUUGAUUCAUCGUUGCUUGCCUGAUGAGCUGCUUUUUGAGGUGUUUGCUCGGAUGAUGCCUUAUGACUUAGGUAGAGCAGCUUGUGUAUGCAGAAAGUGGAGGUACACGGUUCGGAACCCUGUGUUCUGGCGUAAUGCGUGUUUGAAAGCUUGGCAGACUGCUGGGGUUAUCGAAAACUAUAAGAUCUUGCAGUCUAAAUAUGAUGGAUCAUGGAGGAAAAUGUGGCUUCUUAGAUCCAGAGUUCGUACUGAUGGUCUUUAUGUGAGUAGGAAUACAUACAUUCGAGCUGGAAUUACUGAGUGGAAGAUUACAAAUCCAGUUCACAUUGUUUGUUACUUCCGCUACAUAAGGUUCUACCCUUCUGGCAGAUUUCUUUACAAGAACUCUUCGCAGAAAUUGAAGGAUGUUGCCAAGUACAUGAACUUUAAGGCUUCUAAAUCUGACAGUCUUUACAGAGGCACCUAUACAUUGUCAAUGUCGGAUGAUAAGAUCGAAGCCGCUGUUCUAUACCCAGGGACGCGCCCUACUGUCCUAAGGAUCCGUUUAAGGUUAAGAGGAACAGCGAUUGGAGCGAAUAACCGGAUGGAUUUGCUGUCACUAGUGACAAGUGGUGUGAACGAUGAGGAAAUAAGCAGCACAGAAGAAGACAUUCUUGGGGUAGUUGAAGGUUGGGAAGACGAUGAAACUCACAACCCGGAUAUACCUGCCGUCUCACACAAGAGGGGUAUGACUCCAUUCGUCUUCGUUCCUUUCGAAGAGGUUGAACAAUCGGUUCUGAACUUACCACCGGAGAAAAUGGAUUACUAUGUCACUGGCUAAAAGAGACACAGCGACGUAUCUGUACAAAAAUGUAUCAUAGAAUAAUGGUUUCACGUUUUAUUUAUUAUCAAGACAAACAUUAGUGUUUGUUUGUUGCUGUCGAAUUGUGAAAAAACAUUACAUUUUGUUUGUUUACAGAGACAUGAAACAAGCAUUAAUAAUGUAAGAUAAUGUUUUUAAAGUUU